AUGAGUUCGGAAGUUGAAUUCAGUGAUAUAUGUUUGCUAGUUAGAGGAUGUUUGAAUAGUGGAAAGUUAAAACUUCAUAAAACUGGCGUCGUAUUCAAGAACAACAAAACUGGCAAAGUUGAGCAGUUGAAUUCCAGCGAUUUAGCAUCCGUAAAAUGGAUGAAAGUUGCAUUUGGAUACGAAGUAAAAUUUAUCCUCAAUACUGGAGCACAGUUCAAGUUGGAACUGGGUAGUACCCAGUUCACAGAUUCAGUUCUAAGCUUUGAUGUUGACAACAAACCAGCAUUUGAGAUUCCUUUGAAAGAUGUUUCUGCUGCAACAACAGGCAAGAAUGAAGUAACUCUGGAAUUUCAUCAGCAUGAUGAUGCAGAAAUUGCAUUAAUGGAAAUGAGGUUUUAUGUCCCACCAAACAAUGAUGGCACUGAUGCUGACCCUGUAAAAACAUUCCACGAGAAAGUACUUGCAAAAGCAGAUGUCAUUCAAGCUACGGGGGAUGCAAUUGUUACCUUUGAAGAAGUUGCAAUAUUGACACCAAGAGGUCGAUAUACAACAAAAAUCUAUCCAAGUUUUCUACAACUCCAUGGCAAAACCUAUGACUACAAGAUUCCAUAUACAACAAUCUUAAGAAUAUUCCUUUUACCCCACAGAGAUAAUAGAUUUGUGUUUUUUGUGAUCAGCACAGAUCCACCAAUUAAACAAGGUCAAACAAGAUAUCCUUUUAUCAUAUUCCGCUUUGACAAAGAUGAGGAAGUUGAAGCUAAACUGAACCUAACCGAAGAAGAAUUGACUGAAAAAUAUAAAUCCAAAUUAUCAUCAGAAAUGAAUGGACCCAUUCAUGAAGUGAUGUCCAGACUUAUUAAAGCUGUGACUGGCAGCAAAAUCACAAUACCUGGAACUUUUAAAAGCCAUAGUUCAUUCAGCUCAAUCUCCUGCAGUUAUAAAGCAGGAAGUGGUUUCUUCUACCCAUUAGAAAGAGGUUUCAUGUUUGUACCAAAACCUCCAGUCCAUAUUCGUUUUGAUGAGAUAUCUUGUGUGAACUUUGCUCGAGUGCAAAGUGGAGGAGGGACGUCAAGUAGAUCAUUCGAUUUUGAAGUUGAGCACAAGAAUGGCAGUGUAAUAACAUUUAGCAGUAUUGACAAGGAGGAAUACAGCAAGUUAUUUGAUUUUGUGAGUGCUAAGAAUCUCAAAAUUAAGAAUAAGGGAAUUAAGAAAAAAGUGAGAACUUCUGGAGAUUACUCUGGGUCAGAUGAAGAGGAACAUGAUGCUUAUUUAGAACAGAUGAAAGCCGAAGGAGCUGAAAGAAAUGAGGAUGACAGUGAUUCUGAAGAUGGUUCUGAUGCUUCCUUUAAUCCUGGUGAUGAGGACGAGAAAGAUGUUAGAGAAGAGUAUGCCAGUGAUGUUUCACCAACAGACAGUGAAGAUCAGUCUGAUGAAUCUGAGGAUGAAGGAAAAUCAAGAAGUAAAACUCAAAAAGAAAAGAAAAAAGGUAAAGAAGAGCGAAGAAAAACUGAAGAAAAACCAAAGAAGGAUAAGAAAGAAAAGGAAAUAAAGCAAGUAAAAUCAAAGAAACGAGUAAAAAAAGACCCAAAUGCACCCAAGAAAGCACUUUCAGCAUACAUGUUAUGGUUGAAUCAAACUCGAGAUGAAAUUAAAAAAGCCAAUCCUGGUAUUUCAAUCACAGAGCUAUCCAAGAAAGCUGGUGUUUUAUGGAAAGCAUUGGAAGACAAGUCAAAGUGGAACAAACUAGCAGCUGAAGCUAAAGUUAGAUAUGAAGAACAGAUGAAAGAAUAUAAAGAUAAUAAAGUGGAAAUUGAAGCUCCUCCGAAAAGUGGAAGUUCAAAAAAGUCAAGCAAGAAAAUGUCGAAAUCUUCUCCAAAAAAAGAGGAUACAGGAAAAUUUAAAAGUGCUGAAUUUGUCGAUACAGAUGACAGUAGUUCUGAAGACGAGACAGCCAAAAAGCAAAUAAAGAGAAACAAGAAAGAGACACCAACAAAAUCCCCAGCGAGUAAAAAUCAAAGAAAAAAGAAAGUGAAUCAGAAAAAGAUGAAUCUAUGUCUGAAUGACCUCUUUCUGUCAUGUAAAAAUUGA